CGCCACCUGAGGCUUGGCCCUAGCCCUGCACGGCAUCCCUCUCGGCUGCGAACCCUCUGCCUGCGCCCAGCCCAGCCACAAUGGGGACUGCUCAGGUUUUGCCUGGCAUUCUGCAGAAGCAUUGCUGUAUCUUACCAGACAGGAAUACAGAGUCGCAGUGCACGCUCUGCGGGGAGCCGGAAGAGGAAGAAGGUGGAGACCUGGUCCAGCCGGGCAUCAGCUUUCCAGGGCCGACAGAGGAGGAUCUAGACCCGCAGUACUCAUGGUCGCCCACGCAGCACUUCAAUGAGGAGCGCUACUCCCCGGCGCCCAGGAGCAUGAAGGGCCUCUCCGGAAGCCGGACGCAGCCACCGCUGUGCCCCGGGCACACGUGCGGCCUGGCGCCCCCCGAGGACUGCGAGCACCUGCACCACGCGCCCGAGGCGCGGCCGCCCUACCUGCUGAGCGCCGCGGACAGCUGCCCCGGGGGCCGCCACCGCUGCUCGCCGCGCAGCUCGGUGCACUCGGAGUGCGUCUUGAUGCCGGUGGCGCUGGGCGACCACGUGUCCAGCAGCACGUUCCCGCGCAUGCACUACAGCUCGCACUACGACGCGCGCGACGACUGCGCCGCGCCGCACGCGGGCGCCAAGAUCAACCGCAUCCCCGCCAACCUGCUGGACCAGUUCGAGAAGCAGCUGCCGCUGCACCGGGACGGCUUCCACACGCUGCAGUACCAGCGCGCGUCCGCGGCGGCCGAGCAGCGCAGCGAGAGCCCGGGGCGCAUCCGCCACCUGGUGCACUCGGUGCAGAAGCUCUUCACCAAGUCGCACUCGCUGGAGGGCUCCUCCAAGGGCAACGCCAACGGGGCCAAGGCGGACGGCCGCGCCGACGACCCGCACCACGGCCACCACGCCAAGCACGGCAAGCGGAGCAGGAGCAAGGAGCGCAAGCCGGAGGGCAAGCCGCGGCCCGGCACGAGCAGCUGGUGGAGCUCGGACGACAACCUGGACAGCGACAGCACCUACCGGCCGCCCAGCGUGCUCAACCGGCACCACCUGGGCCCCGCGGCCCACGGCUACCCCGACGCCCUGCAGAGCCCCUUCGGGGACCUCUCACUCAAGACCUCCAAGAGCAACAGCGACGUCAAAUGCUCGGCCUGCGAGGGGCUGGCGCUGACGCCGGACGCCAAGUACCUGAAGCGCAGCUCCUGGUCCACGCUGACGGUCAGCCAGGCCAAGGAGGCCUACCGCAAGAGCUCGCUGAACCUGGACAAGCCGCUGCUGCACCAGGACGCCAAGCCCGCCCUGAGGCCGUGCCACUACCUGCAGGUGCCUCAGGAUGAGUGGGGAGGGUACCCCACCGGUGGCAAAGAUGAGGAGAUUCCCUGCAGGAGAAUGAGAAGUGGGAGCUACAUUAAAGCCAUGGGAGACGAGGAGAGUGGGGAGUCGGACUCCAGCCCCAAGACGUCACCGAAGUCGGCGAUCCGACCGGAGCCGCUGCUGAAGUCCAUCGGGCAGAGACCGCUCGGAGAGCACCAGACCCAGAGCUACCUGCAAGCUGCCAGCGACGUGCCUGUUGGCCACAGCCUGGACCCCGCCGCGAACUACAACUCCCCGAAAUUCCGCUCCCGGAACCAGAGCUACAUGAGGGCCGUCAGCACCCUGAGCCAGGCCAGCUGCGUGAGCCAGGUGAGCGAGGCGGAGGUCAAUGGACAGUUUGAAUCCGUAUGCGAGUCCGUCUUCAGCGAAGUCGAAUCUCAGGCCAUGGACGCCCUUGACCUCCCGGGAUGUUUCCGAACAAGGAGUCACAGCUACCUUCGAGCCAUUCAAGCUGGAUACUCCCAAGAUGACGAAUGUAUCCCCAUGAUGACACCCUCCGACAUCACCUCCACCAUCAGGUCAACAGCAGCUGUCUCAUAUACAAAUUACAAGAAAACGCCCCCGCCAGUGCCCCCUCGGACCACCUCCAAGCCUCUGAUCUCGGUGACGGCGCAGAGCAGCACCGAAUCCACCCAGGAUGCCUACCAGGACAGCCGCGCCCAGAGGAUGUCCCCAUGGCCCCAGGAUGGCCGCGGCCUCUACAACUCCACGGACAGCCUGGACAGCAACAAGGCCAUGAACCUUGCCCUGGAGACGGCCGCAGCCCAGCGCCACAUGGCUGACGGCCAGAGCGGCUCCAUCCGGACCAGCGACAAAGCCAUCCUGGUGUCCAAGGCGGAGGAGCUCCUCAAGAGCCGCUGCUCCUCCAUCGGGAUUCAGGAUUCUGAAUUCCCAGAGCACCAGCCAUACCCAAGGUCAGAUGUGGAACCGGCCACGGAUUCCGACACGGAGAGCCGCGGCCUGCGGGAGUACCACUCCAUCGGUGUGCAAGUGGAAGACGAGAAGCGACACGGACGUUUUAAACGUUCUAACAGCGUCACGGCCGCCGUCCAAGCGGACCUGGAGCUAGAGGGGUUCCCGGGCCACAUCACCAUGGAGGACAAAGGCCUCCAGUUUGGCUCAUCCUUCCAGCGGCACUCCGAGCCCAGCACCCCCACCCAGUAUGGCGCGGUGAGAACUGUACGGACGCAGGGGCUCUUCAGCUAUCGAGAAGACUAUCGGACCCAAGUGGAUACCUCCACCCUGCCCCCUCCGGACCCCUGGCUGGAGCCCGCCCUCGACACGGUAGAGACGGGGCGGAUGUCUCCCUGCCGCAGGGAUGGCUCGUGGUUCUUGAAGCUCCUGCACUCCGAGACGAAGAGGAUGGAAGGCUGGUGCAAAGAGAUGGAGAGGGAGGCAGAGGAGAACGACCUCUCGGAGGAAAUUCUCGGAAAAAUCAGGAGUGCCGUUGGCAGUGCUCAGCUGCUCAUGUCUCAGAAAUGCCAGCAGUUUUACUGGCUUUGCCAGCAGAAUGUGGACCCCAGCGCCAUGCCGAGGCCCACGUCGCAGGACCUGGCCGGCUACUGGGACAUGCUGCAGCUCUCUGUCGAGGACGUCAGCAUGAAGUUCGACGAGCUGCAGCGGCUGCGGCUCAACGACUGGAAGAUGAUGGAGUCUCCGGAGAGAAAGGAAGAAAGAAAGGUCCCGCCUCCAAUACCAAAGAAGCCCCCCAAAGGAAAAUUUCCCAUCACAAGAGAGAAAUCCCUGGACCUGCCAGACAGACAACGUCAGGAAGCCCGGAGACGACUCAUGGCCGCCAAGCGUGCGGCGUCCUUCCGGCAGAAUUCUGCCACCGAGCGCGCGGACAGCAUCGAGAUCUACAUCCCCGAGGCCCAGACCCGGCUCUGAGGACGGGGGCGGCCACCUUCCCCUCGGCUGUGUCCGCUUUUUCACAAAGCCCUUGUACAGUUCGUUGCCUCCCCGGUGGUUUCUGUCUCGUUCCUUCCACUGAUCACGCCCCUGCGGUUCUGCCCCUUGUGCCGUGAACACAGUGGCACGCGGCCGGUGGCCUCGGAGUCCACGGAGCCCGUGGCGGGGCCGACUCGCGCUUUUCUCCACUGGUGGCCUGGCUCGCGGUCGGCUCUGAGGGACAGGUGUGGCGAGACCCGACUUCUCCCCCGUGUUCCCCGAGGACGGCGAGAGACGCCCCUGGAGCUGAAACCCAGCUUACAUUUUGUUAUUUCUAUUUUUAUAAAUUGUGUGAUAAUUAGAGGUAAGAAUAACACAUAACUAUAAACGGGUGCAUCUCACCACUCCCUAGAGGCAUUAGACACCCAAGUGGAAGGUGCUACAUCCUGAAGUGCAGGAAGGAGAGGCCCAUUCCCCUCGCAUCCGCAGGUCCUCUCCCGCGUCCGGGCCGGCUGCCUGCUCCGCCCUUCUCCUGUUUGUCACAAGCAGAAAACAUUAGGCUCCUCGCGUGAAGCUUACUGUGAUGGAAAGUGAUCUCUCCAACCACCAAACUCCCCGCCACACGGUUCUCCAAAACCCAGGGGUUGACAAGUCUGAACCCACUGAAAAUACCCAGCACAGCAUCUGCACAUUCAAAGCAGAAGCUGAGUGUUUUGAGUGUUCCCACGAGGAAGUCACCACAGAGAGAGGAGAGCCUUAGAGAGGGCUGGGAGCAUGAAGGGAAGGAAAUGUCCUUACUUCUAUGAAAGUCAUUGUAUUUUUUAUUUCUUUGUAACUUAAAAACAACCCCCAGUAUUUUCCUUAAGUUUCACUAUUUAUGCUACAUGGGAUUUUUUUAAUGUAUGUAUAUAUAUUCUCAAAUUGCUCUAUCAGCUGACUUUCCAGGGUAUCCUUAAAAAAAAAAAAAAAAAAACACAAAAAACAAAAAGUUUGCUUGUUUAAAAUGACAGUUGUGAUGCUGUAAAAAGUUUAAGAAAUAUGAAUGUGAGUGGUAAGUAUAUCUCAGUUUAAAUGGUAAAGAAGAAAUGUAGUUUACAUUUGUACUUUUCCAGAAUUAUUUUGUCCUAUGCAGUAUUGCUAAAGAAUAGAUUCCUUGCCUGUGUUAGACAUGAAGGAAAAAGAGGUCACCUGUUGCGAUUUCCAGCUGUGGAAUUCAAAGAAGUAAUUAGUGUUCACGACUCUCUGGUCGGCACCAGAGGAAGCUAGGAACAGCUCUCAUUAAUAGGCUUUCCGUGAGUGUAAUGAAAUUCAGCCGCCACGACCACGGUUCCCACAUAACUUCUGUUUCGCCAUUCAGAACAGUCUCCAAAGGAAAAGCCUCUCCGAUCUUUCCACGGGGUUACGGUUUCACAGUUCUCAUUAUUACUCAGAGUAAAGGCAGGCCUGCGAUUCCAGACAGAUGUUUCCACCCAAAUACCAGCUCUUCCUACCCAGCUUCACGGAGUCCCGUGUCCUUAGCCGCAGGCAGAACGGCUUUCCACGACCCGCAGCACUUUGUCUCUUCACUUGAUUUGCACUUUACAACAUCCCCGGCCCCCCUGCAGCGCGUCUGGCAGGCGUUGGGUGCGCCGCUGCACCAGAGCGUCCUGCCCAGCCGCAGCCUCUCGGCUGCCUCCCUUCCCGCAUCCCACUGCGCAUGGGACCCUUGGGAGCAGAGCUGAUAUCAAAGCAUGUUAGCUUCAAAGUUUUACUUUUUUAAAGCUGAGGAAAGAUUUCCCUGUAAAAACAAAACCCUGUAAAUCAAGCCUCAUAUCUGGUAUAUAUUUUACCAAACAGCCUUAAAAUAUAUUUGGAAGCAAAAAUCAGUACGAAUGUAUCUCCUUGAAAAAUGCAAAAAAAAAAAAAUUCCCUGACAUAUUCUUCUAUAAAUGAAUCCUAUUUCCCCAGAGUAUUCAAAGCAUUUUUCUACCUAAAUAAAUACCUAAAUCUUGAGUAGUGUACAGUAAUAACGCCUCUUCCUAUAUCCACUCUGUUAUGUUAAAACCAAUGUAUCUGAAAGUAUUGGCAUUUUAGACUUUUAAAAUGCUGUAUGAUUUCAGAUGAACUCUGCUGUUUAGAAAUAACCACAGAAAAGCGAAGUCAGUGCACACUCCCAGUGAAAGGAAAAGUAACACGGCUCUGUAUCCUGGAUCUGUUAAACAGACACGCCACCUCCUCACAUCGUCCUACGUACGGGCAGCUGAUAUGUUUAAGUCGUUUCCUUGAACUUACACAAAACAUAUAAAAACAAACUGUUAAGGCAGACAAUAAUAAUUUGUCUUAGAUCCCAGAUUCAAUGAUCCCUGCUUAAAGAAAAACAUGCCCUGGCUAUGGAUUGAUUUCUUAUGUUUUGUAAAUUCAUUGUUAUUUUACAAUCCCCAAAAGUCUUGGCCUAAAACCAUCCCUAAGUGAGCAGAUUAACCUACCACUAAAUCACACAGGGGUUGGUGACUCGACUUGGUGAAUGUGCACAUGCCCUGCUUGGUCCGCCAUGUUCCAAAGAUGAUGAUUCAAUGGUAGAACGGAUACCUGCUGCUAGACCUGAUGGAAUGUUACCUGUCCGCGUUACAUAACCAAGUGCAAUAUACUCAGUUCUCACGCAGGUGACAUUCUACCAUGAAACGCAGAAGAUAAGCCAUGUUUGUGUAUUGUACAUGUAAAGAAAAAUAAAACUGUUUAUGAUACUUGUGUUAGUCACUCAAGCUAGCUUAUUUCAGCCACUUCUAGCAGAUACAUACCAUGGAGCUCACCAUGUGACCAUUUCAUAUUUAAAAUAUAGUUCUAAUAAAGGAGUACACAUCCUUUGGAAAACAUGGCUGAAAUAAUGAUGCAUGAUGUUCUAGGAACAUCAUCCUAGAGAACGUGAUGUUCGCUAUAACCCCAUACCCGCAUUCCCUAAAGAUACGGCCCACAACGGGUGAAGCCCAGACACUUUCUUUAUACCCAACAAGUUGAUCCUGCUGUGUUGAAGGCUUUAGUUAAUAAAACACAAGUAUGAUAAACAGGACUUAGCAUUUAACCCAGGAAAGGAGGAUGCUGCUCGUCAGCCAGUGCUUUCCCCGUAACGCACCUCAUGCGUCCUCACGUGUUGUUACUGUGUUUGAAGUAAAGCGAGUUGUUAUCAAUGACAGUUUUUACAUUUUUCUCAGCAAAUUUACAUGACCAUCUUAAAAUGGUAUAUAAAAAAAUGAACUGUUUAUGAUACCAAAAAAAAUAGUUUUGUUUAAAAGGAAAUAUUGAUGUUGUCAACUCCAAUUCUAAAAACUUCAGGCACUGAAUGGAAAGGCAUAUGAUCAGAUAAAAGUAUCAAUUACAUGGAAGGUUAUCUGGGUUUUUUUCUUCUUAAAAAAAAAAAAAAAAAAAGACAACAAAAUCAGUGCCCUGCUAAGUGGAGGGAAUUUCUCCCUACUGGCUCUUACCAAAGUGGCCAGAUUGAUGAUUAGAAGACACAGUGGCAGAGCACACACGAGCACGGAUUCUGGUUCCUUCUCUUGGACUGCACGUCCUUGUGCCCCUGUCUUGAUUUUUGCCUUUUUGAUGCCGUAUUACGCACCACUCUUUGCAGCCCUUCAUUAGAAGGCCCUGCAUUCGUAAAUCCGCUCAUCUCUGUUCUUGUUACGUCCUUGUAGGCAUUGCUACUCCGAUCUGGGGUGGAGUUUCACAGGAAAGUGAAGGGAUGCCGGAGGCCUGCAGUGUCCACGGAAUGUGCUCUAUUAGGGACAGCUCUCCGGUUUGGGCCAAACCUUUUGGGCGCAAGUAGGGAGUAGGGGAGGCGGGUCUGAGUCUUCCUCAGGAAGGCCUUUUCUAUCAGCAGGACCUCCAUCCAGUCAGGCCAUCCUGUGGUCCUGAGCAUUAAGGGGCCAGGGGACCUCCUGCGAGACGCAGCUCAGGACCACAGGAUGGCUUGACUUGAUGGAGAUGUAAGAGGGUGUGCGCUGAUACAGACAUAGAAGCGUUACCCCAAACAGCACUGGUUCAGGGAGGGCACCUGGAUGCUGCAUUUGGCCCCCCACACGUCUGAAAACUGGACUCGCCUCACCUACGAGCACAGAAACAAGCUCCCCCAGCACAGGCCUAAGUACCAAAUUCCACGUGGUUUGUGCCUGCUCACUUCCCAGCCCCCUUCUGCUCAGGCCUGAACUUCACGUUUCUUCUGACCGCACAUUUAACAGGCUAGUUUAAAACAGCGGUUUCAGGCCACACCCCCUAGAAUGUUGGAGGGUUCCCUCGUUUUCGUCUGCAUGUCUGUCUGCACUUCUUUGUAGGCAUGGGUUGAAAACUUGAAAAUAAAAGGUUCCAAAACUUGAAAACAGAAAAUCACGAGCUUAAGAGAUGAAAAAGAUGACCCCUUUCCCAUCAGUAUCCGUAACUCUCUGGGCUAGGGCCACGCACCGCGCGUCACCUGGCGCCGUGUGUCAGCCGUAGCGCACACCACCCAAGGUCAGAUCAGACCCCCGGCUUCCCUGCGGGAGGCCCGUCUUCUUGCUUUUAGUUGGGAGUUGCAAUGCAUCAUUGGCCAUAAAGUGCUGAAGGAAAGGGUUGCUUCUAUGCAUUCAGCUGAAUGUCCCCCAGCACAGGGUGGCAGCACAAUGUUCUGGAAAUGAAGGAGAUGUUGCUAGGAAUCUCUAGGCUGUUUAAUCAGGCAACGUGGCUCUGAUUCACCCUUAGCCAGCAGCUCAGCCCACUUUUUCCUCUAUGUCUCAAUUGUUUUCUCUAGACAGGGGAUUACAGUUCCUGCCCCUGUGUCCCUCGAGGACACGUUGUGAGGAUUAGUGACAUAUUGGUUCUAAGUCCUUCGAGCUCCUGGAACAGGUGGUGAAAGUUUGAGUUAUUGCUCAAGAUUAGGCCCUGGCCUCUUGUGGAAUGCCACCCUCCAGCUCUACAGGGACCACCAGAGGCAGAGGCCGUGAGACUGUCUUUGGAAAGGUUUGGAAAUGGGGAAAUAACUACAAGGGGCAUUCUCCUAGCUUCUGGCUUUGAUUUUAACCAUUUCUAGAUGCUUCCGAGAACAAGAACCCAGCACCGGCCAGAAUCAGGCCACGUUUUCACCAUUACUUAAACUCAGUUGCCUCUUAGAUGAAAUGAGGAGAUAAAUGAAGCAUUUAAGGGAUGAAGGGAAAAAAAUAAUUUGGAAGCAGGUAGCUGCAUGCAUGGGAAACAGCAAAAACCAAAUCAGGCACACUGGCUCCAACCACGGAGAGUCUGAGGAUCCGCCACCAAUUCCCUCCUUCACAGAAUGCAGAGGUGGUCAUAAUUCCUCUACUUCAGAGAACGCAGACGUGAUCUGUGGGAAAGCUCCAGGAAAUAACCAUCUUUCAUCCUUGCCACACUGAAAAAUGUCCGUCAUUUUAUUAGCUGCUGUCCUAACCCUGGCGUUUUUAUCUAGUGUUAAAAUAAAUUAUUUCAAGUUUCAGUGUAAACACUUAACAGAUGACUUCUUUGCAGAGGAAAUGUUCGUUACCUACUAUCAAAGUACUUUUUAACAGAUUUUGUAUAUACACACACUAAGGUGACAGAGGUUCACCUCCCUACUUUCUUAGAUUUUAUGUAAUUCUUUUCAUUGGUGCUUAUUCAGGACCUGAAAGCCUUGGGCAUCUAAGCUUUCACCUACUCACUGGAGGAGUGGUGAUAAUGAAUGAAAAAAUUGACACCAGGUUUCUCAGACAAAUUUAAGUACAAAUUUCUCUCUCAAAUAGACCGUAGCCUCCCUAGAGAGUGUGUUGGUUUGUGUCUGCCAGUACAACAAAGGAUGCUCCCAGCUUGACAAUGGUACCUUACGGAAGCCACUCACCCAUUCUCUGAUUUACCCCCCAAACACCACCAUGACCCAGCCCCACUCAUUUGAAUAUUACAAUCAUAUCACUUUCAAAGGGCUCAGCAUGAAUGUCUCCCUCACUCCACACUCUAACUGGUUUGCUGAACUCAACAAAGCUUCCCCUUAAGAGCAGCAAGGGGGAAGGCUCCUUGCUAAUGGUAAGCCACUUUGCUCUCAGACAGGACGGGUCUUCCCUGCAGAGACACACCACUCAUCCCCCACCUUCCAUACUACAGACCAAAAUACCCAGGUGUGGCCUAAGGACUACAUUAAAUGCCUCCUAUAGAAAUUCAAGGAAUGUUAAAACCAGGAAACUAGGUGUUUAGUUCAAAUUUUUAAAAAGUAUAUAAAUAUAUAUAUAUAUAUAUAUAUAAAAUAUGAAAUCAUAUCGAGCGUGAGGAUGAACAGAGUGCCAAAUACUCAGCAUCUGUACAAAGUCACUUGACUGGAAUUAAACUAUUUUAUGUAAUUCUCUUUCUCAUGCUUUUAUGGUUCUUUUGAUCAAUUCUAUUUAGUAGCAUGCAGGAUACCUGAUCUGAAUGUGCAAUCUGCUAUUCAUCACCACGAUUUCUUACUUCUUAAUAACUUAGCAAAAUGUUGGUCAUUCCUUUCAGGCAUUUAAGGAUUGCUUUCUUUGUGUUCUUUUUUCCAUGACUUUUUUCACUCUCAGCUGACUGUAAGAAAAUAUGCACCAUUUCCUCCAUAACCUCCUGUGAUAAUGCUCCAUCUGAUUUCUGUAUCGCUGAUGUUCACCUCCUGUAAAUAGUUCUGCAAUUAAAUUUUUUGAGAAAAGUAA